AACACCAUCUCUGCCACCACCCCCCCCAACCCCUUGACAUCCUCUCUCUCUCUCUCUCUCCUUCUCUGUCUCUGUCGCUGUCCCUGUGCUGCUGCGACGCAGAGCUCGGCAAUGGGCGUUCUGCGCCACCUCCGGCUGUCUGCUGCCUUAGCCGUCUUCAUCUUCGCGGCUGUUCUUGGGAGCGCAUUGGUGGGAAUCGCGCAGGAAAUGGGAGACGCAAGGCUUCGACCUCGGGAACGGGAGCGAGUGGUGGCUCGGAGGCUCCUCCUCGGCCUCGGGUCGUCGCCGCCGACAUGCCGGGCUCGUUGCGGCCGCUGCUUCCCCUGUCGGCCGGUCCACGUGGCCAUCCAUCCUGGCCGGAACCUCCCGCUCGAGUACUACCCGGAGGCAUGGCGAUGCAAAUGCGGCAACAACCUCUUCAUGCCCUGAGACCAACGACAGAAUCCCAGAAGGAGAAAUGGAGAAUGACAAAAAGCCAUUGGCUUCCACCAUUGAUGAGUUCUCUGUAACAUUUUGUGGACAUCUAAGCGUACGCGAUUCGAAUCUGCCA